AUGAGUGAGGAUAGUACGAGCAUUAACGAUGUUAGACAUUUGGUGCAACAAGAAACACGCAAGGGUGAUGUCAUUUCACCACAUCGAGCAAUAAUGACUCUUUCUAAAAGUAUGUUUAAUGCUGGUUGCUUUUCGUUGCCAUAUGCUUGGAAACUUGGUGGUUUAUGGAUGUCCUUGGUGUUAAAUUUCAUUAUUGCGGGCUUUAAUUGGUACGGGAACCAUAUUCUUGUCAGAUCUUCGCAACACUUGGCGAAAAAAUCAGAACGUAUUUCACUUGAUUAUGGUCAUUUUGCGAAGAAAGUCUGUGAUUUCAGUGAUAUAAGGGUAUUACGGAAUAAUAGCAAAAUUAUUAUGUACAUAGUAAAUAUUACUAUACUGUUCUAUCAAUUAGGUAUGUGCAGCGUUGCUAUAUUGUUUAUAGCGGAUAAUAUGAAUCAUUUAUUGGGUGACUGCAUUGUGGGAGGUGCCAAAGUAAUGGCCCUUAUUUCGUUUGUACCCAUUCUCGCACUGAAUAUGUUCACGGAAAUGCGUCUGCUCAGUGUGUUUGCGAUGGUUUCAUCUGUGUUUUUCCUUUUGGGUGCUUUCGUUAUUAUGCAGUUCACUUUACGACAGCCAAAUCAUUGGGAAGAACUUCCUGCUGCAACUGACUUUACUGGUGUCAUCAUGUUUGUUGGGAUGGCAAUGUAUGCUUUCGAGGGACAAACAAUGAUCCUACCAGUGGAAAACAAACUUGAAACACCGGAGGAUUUUCUAAAUAAUUUCGGUGUAUUACCAACAACAAUGUGUUUUUGUACAUUAUUCAUGAUUGCGAUUGGUUUUUAUGGUUAUACGGCAUUUGGACCAAAUACACAACCAACUAUCACUAUGAAUGUGCCGAAGGAGGGGUUAUAUUCAAUUAUUAAUGUAUUUCUAAUGUUACAAUCGAUGCUGGGCCAUUCCAUUGCCAUGUAUGUCAUACUGGAUAUGUUUUUCAACGGUUUUCAUCGAAAAUUUACAAAUCGUUUUCCAAAUGUUUCGAAAGUAAUUGUCGACAAAGGAUUCAGAAUAUUCUGGGUGUCUAUUACAAUGUUAAUGUCCAUAAGUAUACCUCACCUAGAAAUCAUGAUACCAUUGGUCGGAGUAACAAGUGGCACUCUUUGUGCACUUAUAUAUCCACCAAUAUUCGAAAUGAUCACAUUCUGGAAUGACUGGAAGGUUUCACUUAACGCUCAUCAAAGAUGUUUAAAAAUCUCAUGGAACAUUUUCGUCAUAAUAACUGGAGUUUUCGCAAUUACUACUGGAGUUUAUGCAAAUUUUUUGACUAUCUUCGAGAAGUUGCAGACGACAAAGCAGAAUGUAUUUGAUUUUUGA